ACCGACGACUGCACCGGUUGGCGGGAGAGCAAACCAAACGCCAGCGUUGUACUCAUCGCGGCACUGUCCCCCUGUGCACCGUGUUAGCACAGCGACGUUCAAAGACACCCGUCGACGGGCGGUGUUCUCAACGUCCCUGCUGUUCGACAUGGGUUCGCAGCGAUGCGGGCGAUGAGGAUUUGAAGCUUCACUGGCAUCUGAUCGUCACAGAGGCGAACUAACGCGGAGCUGAUGGAAGCGGAGCCUUAAACAAAAAGUGACUGGGAGAAGUUGUUGGUCCGCGAGAUGUGUGCUCCAAACCAAGGUUGCAUGGAUUGUAAGCCAAGUAAAAAUGCCAACAAGAAACUCAUACAAGCUCGACUCCCAUUCAAGCGCCUGAACCCUGAACCUAAAGAGAACCACCUGCCUAAACGCCCCUGUCCACACGUCUACCCUGAAUCUUCAGACAGGGAAAUUGAGAACGAGUCGUCUCCCCUUCCUGAGCAAAGCAGACCACCCUUGGUUAAUGGCCGUGGGCCCCUUGAUGGCUUCCUGAGCCGAAGGCACCCUGCAGCCUCAGACGAGACCAUGGUCAUAGAUCUGACUGAGGAAAACACUUCGAAGUGCCUUGUUUCACCUGCUGCUCCCUCUCCCUGCCUCCCAACAAAAGACGAGCAUCAGGGCAAAGACAAAACCGCCUCUUCUGAGAAACCCAGCAACCUUGAUAACGCUCACAAACACACUUUAGACUCUACAGCAGUCAGCGAUGACGAAGUAGAGGAGGCGGACGAUGAAGAUGAAGAAGAAGAAGAAGAAGAGGAAGAUGAAGAGGAAGAUGAAGAUGAAGAUGGGAAUCAAACAGCAUCUAUCUCGCAGCUUGACACAACACAGGAUUCUGACAGUGAGCCAGAGGAGCAGGAUGAGUCAGGAAAUGUUUCCAGUUUGGGAAAUAAGUCUAUGCUGUCAGCUUCAUCAGCCAGCUCCAUGUCUGAAAGCUCACCAGAGAAGUCAAAGACUGAUGACCUCACACCCACUACUACACCUACAGAGCCAAAGACAACCCCCAAGAUACCAUCAGAUCAGAAAAAGAUCAAAAGACGCUCAUUGAAGAGUUUACAAGAACAAGAGGACAGGCUUCGUUUGCGUCAGGAGAAGGAACGCCAGCGGGAAGAAGCUAAAGCUGCAAAAGAGAAAAAAAAAGAGGAGGCUCGCAAACAAAAAGAGGAACGAGAAAGAGAAAAACGGGAGAAAAAGGAAAAAGAUGAGCAAGAGAAAAGAGAGAAAAAAGAGAAGGAAGAAAAGGAAAAAGCAGAGCGGUUAAAAGCAAAAGAGGAGCUGCGGAAAUCCAAGCAAGAGGCCAAGGUUGAAGAAAAACGGAAGAAAGAAGAGGAGAAGCGAAUGAAGGAAGAAGAGAAACGGGUGAAAGAAGAGAAAGAUCGUCUCAAAGCUGAGAAAGCAGAAAUUACACGGUUUCUACAGAAAUCCAAGAUUCAACAAGCUCCAAAGAAGUUGGCCGCUGCUUGUGGGAAGUUUGCUCCUUUUGAAAUAAAGGAAAACAUGUCUCUGGCACCGCUGUGUCGGGUUCAGUGUGAGGACUCUGUUUUGGAGGAACUUGACCGGUGUUUGUUGAACCCCAGUAAUAACCGAAAUGGACUGAAAGACUGGAUUGGGCAAAAGCCUCGCCAGUCAGGACCCACCAAACCCAGGCAGAGGGCUUCUCUCAGCGAGUGUGUAACAGUUGAGGGGCCUAAGGCAGAUGGCGUACCGGACCGUACACGUUACGGACCCAUGAAGCUUUUGCAGUUUCACAAGAACUACCGUCCGGCGUACUGGGGCACCUGGAGUAAGAAGAGUUCAUACGUCUCCCCUCGUUGCCCCUUACGAAGGGACAAGGAUUUGUUGGACUAUGAGGUGGACAGCGAUGAAGAAUGGGAGGAAGAGGAACCGGGAGAGUCCCUGUCACACAGUGAAGGGGAAGAUGAGGAGGAAGGAGGUGAAGAUGACGACGACGAUGAUGGCUUCUUUGUUCCUCAUGGCUACCUUUCAAAUGAUGAGGGGGCACUGGAAGAGGAGGAGGGCGGCGACCUGGAGAAGCAGAAACUGCGUCAGACACUGAAAGCGAGGGAGUGGGAUGAGCUAAUGUCCACCAAGAAGAAGAUGAAGGUGCUGGAGCCGGUGGUGAGAGGCUGCAUCUGGGAGGGAGAAGGCCCUGGUUCGGAGCACCUCCAGCCGUAUGCUGUGUGUCUGGUUGAACCUUUACCCAAGGCAGACUCCAGCCUCAGCCCAGAGCAGCUGUCACAGAAGUGUCAGAGAGAAGCACAAUUAAUCAGUCAGCUGCUUCCUCUGCUGCACGGCAACGCCAACAGCAGCAAAGUGAUCAUCAGCGAGUAUCAGGAGUUCUGUCGUCGCCAGACAUCAUCAUCAUCAUCAUUAUCGUCACCACCUGAACUGUCCAGCCCUCAGAACCCAGCAGAAAACAUUCCCACUAGAAUACAGCUGAGGCGUCUAAUCAAGAACAACGCUGUUUAUGAGAAGCGCUCGACCUACAGACGUUGCUGCUGGUAUGUACACACAGACGUCCUGUCCCGUCUUGGCAAGGAGGCUCUCCCCGUGCCCUGCCAGUGGACCUACCUCACCACAGGAGCUCGGGAAGAGUCCCGCGAAGAAGCGCAGGCAGCCACGGGCUCUCAGGGAAACUCCCCCACUACACCUCAGACAUCCUCCACCACGUCUUCAUCCUCCAACAAAAGGAAGAGCACAGGGAGCAUGUCCAUCACCAAGUUCAUGAAGAGAUGUACUGAUCCUGGACAGACGGAAGCAACGGAGGCAGACGGUUUUCAGGCUGACAAUGAGGAUGAGGAUGAGGAAGACUGUGUCCUCAUCUCCACACAGAGUGGCCCGACCAGAGAGAACUCCUCCAGCAAAGCAGACGUCCUGAUGGAAGUCGCCCCCUCCGACACCGCUGCUCUCCCCGUGGCCAGUGCUGCUCCUACACUCGCCACUGCCUGAGGACCAGGUAGAUGGUCUCCCCCAACCAAGCUACUCCAGUUUCUUCACAAGUCUUCUCCUUCCUGGUUCUGAACUCUGGUGCUUCAUCUUUGAGCAAGGUGACGCUCAACACCCUGGUACAGGCAACUCGCAGCUCAGUAUUGUGAGUUCCCCCUCGCCUGAUAUUUUUUUAAGGAGUCAGGAGCCAUUUUGCCAGUAAAUGUAAUUGUGCAUAAAAUCGGACUUCAUUAUUCAGGGCAGGUUUUUCCAGUGUCAAUUUUCUAUGGGUCUGAUUUUUGCAUUGAAUUUCCAUUCAGGCAUGUUUGGGUCUCUUUAAAGUGGGAGCGGACCGUCCCUCUGGCACUGCUUUAGCCACAGCAGAUUGGGUUGAACAGAGAAAGAGCAGAAUGGAAAGCCCCAAUUUUCUCGAGAAAAAGCACCCAAGACAUUAAGAACAGCAUUAUUUACGUUUUUUGGCAUGUGGAAUUCAACAUACGGAUUUUGUUUAUGCUCUAAAUGUAUAUAGUUUACCAGAAAUUAGUUGGGAAAUGAGAUGCCGAAAGUCCAUCUCUACCUUUCCCUUGAUUUCAGUGGGUGCAUUCAUUCUGCAAGUUCUGAUUCUGACAACUCACUGGUGUAGUUGCUAGAUCUGUACUUGUACAGUUAGGUCCAGUGUCACAAUGUUUUAUAAAUAUGUAUUUUCUGUAUUUUCAAGAAUACUUGAACAGGAUAAAUUCAUUAAACAUGAAUAAAAGUACUGCACUUUUA